AUGCCGUCAUCGUUACCUGCUGCAGCUGUGACCUGCAGACACAAACGUGUUCGGUCGUCGGACGACGGAAGUUCGAUUCGGACACAAGAACGACGACCGUACUCGUCAAAAGGGAUAGGUACGGCCCGUCCGGCCGCGGUCAUCACCGCGCGAUCGUCGCAACCUUCGCCGACCCUCUACAACGACGUAACAGCAGCAAGCUCUUCUCGGCCGUCCGCGGGUAGGAUUUCGCCGAAAUUUCCGAGGAUUUCGAUGACGACGCGUCGUAAGCCGUACGCGAUUGCAGUCCAACUUUCCAAUUUGCAGCAAUAA